ACUGCUCCAGGAGUGAACGGAAUAAGUGUCAUUCACACUCAGGCACAUGCCAGUGGCUUACAGCAGGUCCCUCAGCUGGUGCCUGCCGGGCCCGGGGGAGGAGGCAAAGCUGCGCCUCCAAGCAAGCAAAGCAAAAAGAGUUCGCCCAUGGAUCGAAAUAGUGACGAGUAUCGCCAGCGCAGAGAGCGGAACAAUAUGGCCGUGAAAAAGAGUCGAUUAAAAAGCAAGCAGAAAGCUCAAGAUACACUUCAAAGAGUGAACCAGCUCAAAGAAGAGAAUGAACGGUUGGAAGCCAAAAUUAAGUUGCUGACAAAGGAAUUGAGUGUACUGAAAGACUUGUUUCUCGAGCACGCACACACACUUGCAGACAAAGUGCAGCCUGUCAGCACUGAAGCUACCACGACACAUUCUGACAACACAGGGCAGUAGUUCUCCUUCCAGGCGCCAUGGACCUGAACUCGAGAGGUGUGAACACCUGCACCCCCAGUUCAGUGGCUGAGCUUGGUCUUGUUCCAUCUGAGGUUAUUUUCUAGGCUCAGUACUGAACAGUGGAUUAGCCAUGUAAUUUAUCUGGUCUUAAUGAUAAUGGGUCUUUGAAGCACUAAAAGAAAACUUAGGGUUUAUGGUUAAAAUAAAAUUCCUGGACCUUACUAUUCUUAAUAAAUCCUGACUUCCCCAGAAAUGUUUCUUUUUCUAGGAACGGGAAAAUGGAAGGCCAUGUAGAAGGGUUAGGGUUUUAAUGAGACAGUACCUUGGAUUAAGAAACGCUGGAUUCCAUCUCUGUUCCUGGAUUCGUGAUUUUAGUUUAAAUUGUGUAUUGUAAAUUCUAGGGCUUCAGAAACCAGUCAUAAUAAUUUGGCCCCAUUUUAUAGCUAGUAUAAACCUGUGUUUGCAUAAUUGGCAUUGGUUUUCCCAACGAGUACGUCUAUAUUUUUUAAAACGACUUCAGGCAAAGUAAAGAAACCCCAUUCAGGUCACAUCAGAGAGGUGUUUAAAAAUACAAAUUGCAUUUAGGAAGGAAAGAAGUGGUUUUGUUUUCCCCCCGUGUUUGUUUUAAAGGGCAUAGAGAGAGGAGGAUUGGACUUUGGGGUCCUUUGCUUUAUUGGAAGGAAAGAAGUGGUUUUGUUUUCCCCCCAUGUUUGUUUUAAAGGGCAUAGAGAGAGAAGGAUUGGACUUUGGGGUCCUUUGCUUUAUUGGAUUAGCAUUAUCUUGAGUCCUAAAAAAGUGUCUACCUGUACUGACAUUUUAGUUUCUGUGAAUGCUAGUAAAAGUAACAUUUGUUGGGCGGGGGGAGCACCUUUAAAAUUUUUUUUUUUUGGACAGCCAACUUAGUAAAUAAAAUGCCUUGGCUUGAUGAUACAGACCAUGCUUUAGAAAACUAGUUUAUGCUGACAAAGAUGUCACAUACCUUUAGUCCCAGCCCUCUGGAGGCAGAGGGAGGUGGAUCUCUGUGAGUUCAAGGCCAGCCUGGUCUACAAAGUGAGUUCCAGGACAGGCAGUGCUACACAGAGAAAUCCUGUCUCAAAAACAAACAAACAAAAUGAAUACUAAUUCUUUUGGUUUUUCCUGUGUUGAGAAUAACUGCCAAGGGGGCCAUGAUUUUUAAAGGCAGGGUUUGUGUGUGUGCAAGUGUGAAGAGGCACGCUUGGGCCUUUGAUCCCUACUAAAUGAUUACUAGAAAAAUGUAUCAACUUCAUGCCGUCUCUCAAAAGAAUAGUCAAAGAAAACUUGAAAGUAUAAGGUUUCAAUCUUUAAUUUAUUUCCUAAAUCUGUAUUUUUCUUUUUUUGAGGCAUUUCUUUUCUAGUUUAAUGGGGUGUUUGUUCUUCCAGACUUAAUGUUUCAUUGUCUCCGUGUAUCCAUUAGUAUGCUUUUAUGUUUUGUAUAAAUUAUUUUAGAGAGAAAAUGCUGAUGAAACUCAGGAUACUGACUUUUUUGUUGUGAAACUGAAAAGCCGAUAGGGUGUCUCUAGGGGCUCUACUUUUAUCAUUGCUGUAGUUUAGAUUGUCUUUGGAACUUCGUGGGUUUUGCACAGUUCCUGGCUAAAAUUUGUUGGUUCCUGAGAUGGUGACUAAAACCUGAGUCUUGCAUGAUUACAGUUUGUGUUGCCUGGAA